CUGCUCUCGAGGACGACGCUGCUUGUCGCUGGUAGUAGCAGCCUAGCAGUGUACGCCUGCCUUUAUCGUCGGGGCAGGUCUGCACUUAGGCUCUUGAUGAGCGGGAAAUGGUAAACUGGCACGACCCAGGUGUUCUCGCCCAACAAGCUGCCAUUUUCGACCGAUUGAACAUCUAUCUUUUUGGAUUAUACGGAUGGGAAUGGCUACAUACGCUAUCGUUCGAAUAUGCUUUAAUAUCGGGAAGAAUGACAUUUAAGUGGCCUUAUACCUUUUACUUCCUUGGAAGGUACACCCUCUUGUGCAUCCUAUGCGCCACGAUGCUUCUACGCACCGGACUAGUAGUCACAGUCAACUGCCAAGUGGGCUUCCAGGCGUUGACACUAGCAGGAAGCAUAGUCAUGGGGUGUGCGACGGCCAAUUUCGCCAUCAGAACGUAUGUCCUCUGGAAGGAUAUUUGGCCGGUGGUCCUGGGUCUAGUGCUGUUGGUUGUUGGUCAUUGGACAAUACUGUUGAUGUCUGUAACUAGCGUCUCCGCAUCGUGGAGUGCAGAACGGGGAACAUGCAUUUUCAUCAGCGCUGACCGUAACAGGGUGUUGAUGCUAUACACAUACACCAUAGCGAUCGACUUUAUUGUACUGGUCAUGACCUUCCUUCCGGCCGUUCGAACCGCGGGGCGUCUAUCCCAUAGUGCCCUGUGGGAUAAACUGUGCAAGCAAGGUAUCCUCUACUUCAUUGCGGCGUGCACCGCGUACAUUUUUCCGUUGGUGUUCAUCGUGCUGAAUUUGAACGAGAUCAUGAACGUUAUCUGCAGUAUUCCAGCUGGUUGCCUAAGCAUGAUGGCAUCCUGCCGCUCUGUAACAGCCUUGCUGAAAGAUGGGGACGACCGACGAGCAUCUCAUAACUCAGUACACUCCCUAAGCAACAGUGUGACGGUCGACUCAUUCAUAGUCUGGAACUCCUGCGACUCCCAUGAAGAGACCCAAGCGAGCAAUCUACCGCCGCCCAGCCUCGGCAAGACGUCUGACCCACACAUGAGCGGGCGCGCUACGGAGUCGCUCACGGAAGCCGGCAUGAGCCCGUUGAGCGAAACUACGGAAAAUCGCGGGAACGAAGGCUAUACACGUCCAUUGGUGCGGCCAACUCCUCCGACCUCGUAGCAAGGACCUUCACUUCUGCUACUGGAGGGAAUUACGAGGGGUCGUUCAUGCCGAUCCCCAGCGUGCCAAGGGCAGACGCAAUGGAAUACUGGGGGCAUGACACCACGUUGGCGUACAUAUUGACGUAGGAGCUAACGGUCUUUGAUUGCCUACCCCUUAUGUAAAAUAUCUAGAGCAAGGAUUCUUGACUACCGCCCGUCUUGAACAGAG